AUGACCACACAACGUGUGUUCCGCCUGCCUCAGCGCACGUCCAUUCUAGACCUCCGGGUCAACGAAGAAAAGGUGCCUGAGCCUGCCUCCCAAGAAGUCCUGAUCCGAAUCAAGGGCAUUGCUCUCAACUUCCGCGACUUCGCCGUCGCCACUGGAAAGUACCCCUUUCCUGUCAAAGACAAUGUGGUGCCCUGCUCUGACCUGUCUGGCGAGGUCGUACGUAUGGGCAAUCAAGUGGACGACUUCGCCGAGGGAGACAGGGUUAUCGCAUCCUUUGACUUGAAGACGUUAUAUGGUGCAAUGCCGGAUUGGCACCAUAGCCUGGGUGGUUGCUACGAUGGAGUGCUUCGAGAAUAUAUCGCAUUACCUAGCUCUGCGCUCGUUAAAGUGCCAUCGACCAGCGGGCUCAGCUUCGCUCAACUUUCGGCUUUGGUAUGUACGGGCACCACCGCUUGGAAUGCACUUUACGGCAAUAAUCCUCUGAAACCUGGACAGACGGUGCUCUUUCUUGGUAAGAAGGCUUCACUCUGUGUAUCACAGCCUUCACUAAUAACGUUUGCAGGCACUGGUGGCGUCUCGAUCACUGGUCUAAUCUUAGCCAAAGCAGCAGGCGCUGUUACAAUCAUCACCUCUUCAUCUGACGACAAGCUCGCCCAAGUCCGAAAGACGUAUGGUGCCGACUACACCAUCAACUACAAGUCGAAUGCGAACUGGUCUCAAGAGGUGCUCAAGAUCACCAACGGCCACGGUGCGGAUUUUAUUCUCGAGAACGGUGGAGCUGGGACGAUUGCUCAAAGCAUUGAGGCAGUGGCCUAUGGCGGAAACAUUGCCGUGAUAGGGUUCCUUGCCCCAUGCCCACAAGACAAGAUGCCCGAUGUAGCUGCGCUGGCCCUCUCCAAGGGUGCGAUCGUUCGCGGCAUCAUGGUUGGGUCUAAGCAACAACUAGAAGAUGUCACGCGUUUUGUGACUUCUAAGAACCUCAACGUGCCCGUGGAGAAGGUCUUUGGUUUUGAAAGGGAAGACGUCGUAUCAGCUUUCGAGUACUUGGUGUCUGGUCAGCACAUCGGCAAAGUAUGCAUUGUUGUGAACUGA